UGGGCGUGCGCAUGCGCGGUUCGUUACAACAAGGCGGCCGCAGGGCAGAGUGAUCGGGGAGGAAGAGUCACGAUAUCGCUGCGCAAAGCAAAGGUGCUCCAGGUCGGGACACGUUAGCGCGGCUCGAACCUCGACAUGCCGAAGAAUAAAGGUAAGGGAGGUAAGAACCGGCGAAGGGGUAAGAAUGAGAACGAGUCGGAGAAGCGAGAGCUGGUCUUCAAGGAAGACGGGCAAGAAUAUGCCCAGGUGAUCAAGAUGCUGGGAAACGGGCGGCUGGAGGCCAUGUGUUUUGACGGCGUGAAGAGGCUGUGCCACAUCCGGGGAAAGCUCAGGAAAAAGGUGUGGAUAAACACAUCUGACAUAAUAUUAGUGGGACUCAGAGAUUACCAGGACAACAAAGCCGACGUGAUCCUCAAGUACAAUGCUGACGAGGCCAGGAGUCUCAAGGCUUACGGAGAGCUGCCCGAACAUGCGAAAAUUAACGAGACGGACACGUUUGGCCCCGGAGACGACGACGAAAUUCAGUUUGAUGACAUUGGCGACGACGACGACGACAUUGAUGAUAUCUAAAGCAGGUGUGUGUCCGCGCUCCCCCUGCGAGCCACAGCCAGCCUCGCCUCUGAGGAGGAAUACGGAUCCUCCUCUUCACAAGGAUGAGAUCAGAUGGUCUCUGCCCAGCAAACUGUGGUUGAUGUUUUUCUGUUUUACCGCUGUAAUCGGGGUAUGGCAGGAAUUUGAUCACUCGGUCAUACACAUCCACGCUGUUCUGUUCUCGUUUUAGAAUAUUUAUAAUAUUAAUUUCACAAAGGUGAAAUUUAGCAUUGAAAAAUCUGGAUUUACAAUAAAGUUGAAUCAUUUUAUGUUUUCAUUGCCAUUUUGUUUUACUGGUGAUUAAUAUAGGUUCUCUGAACAGAGAAUUCAAUGAGAUUUAUUCUUGUAUCAUUUCCUCUUUUGUAACAAAGAUAUAAAUGAAUGUGCCAGUAGUGGUCAGUUCCCUCCAGUCCUGUCCUGUCCUGUGGCAUAUUGUAC